ACGUAACAAAAACAAUGUUGAUCAAUUAAGACGCAAAAACCUACAACAUUAACAGGUGGAAAGGUAAUCAAUAAAGCAUUUCACUUUUUAUCGAACCAAUUGAAACUAUCUCGUGCUAAUUAUAACCAGCUGUUUUGGUUCACUGAGAAAGAAACCAUCAGGAUUACAAAAAUAUUGAUGAUAUGGAGGGUGUUAUUUUUUCAUAGUGUUAUAAAAUCGUCACCUUAAAAAAGUCCUGUUCAUAUAGUUCACAAGAGAAAAAUGAAGGACUCGGCAUUUGUAAUUCUCUUAGAAAUACUGUUGGCGUUUCUUGCAGUCGCAAUUGUGCUUGGAAACAUUUUUGUCAUUCAGACUGUCUUGAGAAAUACUCAACUCAAAACUAUACCUAAUAUGUGCAUUACGUCGCUUGCUGUAGCUGACCUAUUUGUUGGCUUGGUUAAUGUGCCUAUGUAUAUGUAUGCAGUUUACGCUAAUGAAAUGGGAAUAUUUGUUUCACGAGCGUAUGGUCUUUCACUACAAUCGUUAGACAUCUUCUUUGGAAGUGCAUCCAUUGCUCAUCUUGCAAGUAUAAGCGUAGAACGAUGUUACGCAAUUACAUGUCCAAUGAGAAGAAGAUUUCUUCGUAAAGCGACCAUGUUGAAGAUUCUUAUUGGAGUGUGGCUUGUCGGAAUAAUACCAGUUGUUCUUUUUCUAACGGUCACCUCAUAUCAAUUCAUCCUAAUGGCUGGAUGCUUUCUUUUACCAUUGGUGAUUAUCAUAGUCUGCUACACAACAUUGUUUAUAUCGACUAAAAUUUCUGGGAUGAAAAUGAGGGAUCACAGAGUACAAUCAAAGUGGAAGGAUUUGAUUCUGGCAAAAACGCUUUUCAUUGUCAUCAUAUUUUUUGUUCUAACAUGGGCACCUUUUUUUAUCUUGUUUACAUAUCUGACGUUUCUCCCAAAGAGUCUUACGUUUGCAAAAAUAAAAUACGCGACGUAUUUUGUGAAGAUUUUACAGUAUUUUUCAUCUGCAUGCAAUCCUUUCAUUUACGCGUUUCGUCAUCGAGAUUUCAAGCGUGCUCUCCGUCGUCUAUGUGGAAUUUUAACAAAAUCAAGUGAUGUGCAAACAAUGCUGACAAGCAGAACAUCUUGUGACUGAAGCAGUUCACGUAGUUUUGACAAGAAAGUUUCGACUUUUAAAGUUGUUUGAAAAUAAUAAACCGCUCUCUUGCAUGGACAUAAUAAAUGACCUAAUGUUGAAAAUACCGAUAGAAAUGGCAAUCACUACGAACAAACCAAGCAAAUACUUUACAGACACUGGGAAACUGGGGCUUUAAUGCUGGCAUUCAGCACAUGUAGAGAUUGAGCUGAUGUUUAAUGAAAAAAUUUUCCUAAUAAAUCGUAUAUAGUAAUUGCACUUCCAUUGAGGAUUGAAGACUUUUAUGAUAGCAGUAAAUAGUUUUGAGCUUUGGAUAUAGCUCAUUUUUAUAAUUUUAUGAAGGUUAUCGUAAAUUUUGAGUGGUGUUGUGAUGGUGUUGGAGGAAUGUGGAAUUAUUCAUCAUUGACUUAAUUUAUACGUAUAUGAAUCGUUGAGUUAUAAAAGCAUUUCAAAUACAUUAAUUUUGCAGUUAUCCCAUGAACAUUGCAAAUGUAUAAAACAGUGAAAUUGAAAUUUGAGUAAACUUUGAUUCAUCUGGGAAAUAAAUGCAAGCUGGGAAUUUGUGAAA